UACUUACAGUUGAGAAGUGAUGAACACUGGAUUAGGGUUUUAAGUUGAGCUUCAUUCCAACCUCACAUAUAUUAAUAGACACAGCCGCACAGUGGAUGUCGGCGGAGAUGGAGGAAUCUGAAUCUGCUGCACACGUACUAUUGUUGCCGUUCCCAGCACAAGGCCACAUCACUCCGAUGCUGAGCUUUGCGCAGCUGCUAUGCCACGCUGGCAUCCACGUUACCUUCCUCAGUACGGAGCACAACCAUCGUCUCCUCACCCAACGCCGUGCCCUCUCCGCCCGCUUCCCAACCCUCCACUUCGAGUCCAUACCCGAUGGCCUCCCACCGGACCACCCCCGCACCAUUCCCCCCCUAGACGACAUCGUCUCGUCGCUCAGGUCCGUAACCAAGCCACUCCUGCGUGACCUUCUUAUAACCUUAACCAAAAAGGACAACGAGUCGUGUGGCGCCACCACCACUCCCCGUCCUCCCUUGAGUUGUGUCAUAAUAGAUGGGAUCAUGUGUUUCGCGAUUGACAUGGCGGAGGAGGUGGGAAUUCCCGUAUUUGCCCUCCGCACGGUGAGCGCUUGCAGCUUCUGGUGUUAUUCAUGCAUUCCCGACCUCAUUCAACAAGGCCAGCUUCCCUUCCAAGAUCAGGACAUGGAUCACCCGAUUAGGGACAUUCCAGGGAUGGAAGCUCUUCUGCGACUACGGGAUCUACCGAGUUUUUGCAGAAUGCCAAUUGACCAUCCAAGUUUUAAAUUUUUCAUGGAGCAAAUUGAGGCCAUUACUCGAGUCUCUGCGAUCAUACUCAACACCUUCGACGACCUAGAACCCUUAAUACUCUCCCAGAUCGCCACUCGCUUUCCCAAAAUUUACACCUUAGGCCCUUUCCAUGCCCUUCUCAAAUCUCGUGUGGGAGACGAUCUAUCAUCCUCCGUUUCCUCCUUGCGCCACGAAGACCGACGUUGCAUGGCGUGGCUCGACUCCCAACAGUCGGGGUCCGUUAUUUUCGUCAGCUUUGGGAGUUUGGCAAAGCUGAGCCGCGUCCAGUUACUGGAGUUUUGGCACGGUUUAAUCAACAGUGGCAAGCCUUUUUUGUGGGUAGUUCGGUCGGAUAUGCUUUCGAGUGGGCAAGAGGAGCGUGCAACUCCGGUGGAGUUGGAGGAUGGUACUAAAGAAAGGGGGUAUAUAGCGGAGUGGGUUCCACAAGAAGAGGUACUGGCCCACAAAGCUGUCGGAGGGUUUUGGACUCACAGCGGCUGGAACUCGACCAUUGAGGGCAUUUGGGCGGGAGUUCCGAUGCUUUGUUGGCCACAAUUAGCAGACCAACAGGUGAAUAGUAGAUGGGUUGGUGAAGGCUGGAAGAUCGGGCUCGAUAUGAAAGACACGUGUGAUAGGUCUACGGUGGAGAAGAUGGUAAGAGCAUUGAUGGAAGAAGGCGAUCAAAGAGAGCAGAUUUUCAAGUCAGUGGAUAAUUUUGCAAAGUUGGCUCGCCAUGCUGUUAGCGAAGAUGGCUCUUCGUAUAAGAACCUGGAAAAACUUAUUGAAGACUUAAAUGAAAAAAUUGUGAUGUGACGUCAUGUUGCUCGAGUUUUUAUAUCUAGGAAAGCUCAUGGCUUGAUCUAUGUAUUGAAACGUGUGUUCGAUC